CCCGGGCUACACCGUUUGGUACGGUCCGAGGUUUCCCCUCCCCUUCCCGCGAAGGUGGUUGCUCCCACACCGCCCGGAAGUGCUCGCGGUCGGGUCCCGGGGGUGGACUGGUGGCGGGACAUGGAGGUGCGGGGCCGUGUGGACAGUCCGGGCGGAGCCCUGGCGUCUGCCGAGCCGGUUCCGGCUCCGGUGACCCUGGCGCAGCUCCUGCAGCUGGUCCAGAAGGGCCAGGAGCUCCCGGGUCUGGAGAAACGCCACAUCACUGCGACCCACGGCGAGCCCACGGCGUCGCUGCUCCCGCGGAGGCCCAAGCCCUGGGAGGACGCGGGCUCGGCCGCAUCGGCCCGCACCGCCGCCCUAGACGCGCGCACGCAGUCCCCGACCGUCGGGGAACCGGCCCGGGUCAGCCCAGCGGCCCAGCUCGGCCGAGGCCCAGCAGAUUCCUGAGCUCGAGGGCUUUUACAGCCGAGAUCCGGAGGACCGGACUGGGUCCUGCAAGAACCCGAGAGUCUGGACAGCUGCCACCCUUACUCAUCUUUCUGCAUCUGCGCUGACCUGUCUCAACCGGACCCGGUCUUCCAGGAGACUCAACGUUGCCCAGGAAUUUUGGGUUUGGACGCUGAAUUUCAACUGCAUACCGUGUUCUAGUCCGUCCGUGUAAUUGAAAAAGCCUGUUUCACCACCUGCGGUCUGUUUCACUUGGGGCAGUAACCUCCAGGGCCACCUUCUAAUGAUACUGAUAAAGUAAACCGAGAGCCGGGUCAUUUCU